ACCUUCCUACAGCUGCCAGGGAUGCUUCUCUCUAAUCCAAAUUCACAUCAGGAAGAUGAAAAGAGGGGUCUUUUCCUCAUGUCACAUGUGGUGGUGACAUUGCAGUAGCCCUGAUCUGGCAAGUUCCCAGCAAGGAGAUUUUGUUCCCACAGAGACACAGGGAAAUUGACCUGGGGGUCGCAACAUCAAUUUUAGUUUACUAGAGAAGUUCAGGCAUUAGCACCGUGAGUACGGCUGGAGCCCUCUUCAGCGUUUACAGCACUUCAUAAAUUUCAGAGAGACUUAGGGCAAGGAGCCAGAUGUUUGGGGAGAAAUUCUGAACACUACAGACAAGUGGAAAUAUUUUUUUUUUUUGGUAGUGUAUAUUUUUUCCCAUUAGUUGCAAGGCUAUAUUUAGAAGAGGCGGGGGGGGGAGAGAGAGAGAACGCAAGAGAGAGAUUAGGCAUUUCUUCAUAUUCUGUAGUCACUCCAGUUGUUCUGCUUGUAGGAACAGAUGUCUCUUUCCUGGGCUGAUAGCAGUCAGGUCCACAAGGAAACUUUCUUACCGGCAGCUUCGCUAACAUAGAAGGGAGAUCGGGACAGAGAUUGUUGGAAGUCAGUGACCAUGCCGACCUCCUCCACUCAACUGCCAGCCCUUGACUCUAUCAACUCCACUGAGCAACCUAACUCCAACAUCAACUUGUUCUCCAAGUUCAUCCACUCAGACGAACAGCUAUUCACAGAUUUUUAUAGCCUGUGGAUUGUCCUGAUGGUAGUCAAUGCCAUCAUUUUCCUGGUGGGUGUUGUGCUGAACAGCUUGGCACUGUACGUCUUCUGCUUCCGUACCAAGACAAAAACCACCUCUGUUAUUUACACCAUUAACUUGAUCGUAACUGAUCUCCUGGUGGGCUUUUCCUUGCCUGUCCGGAUCAUCAUGUUCUACAGUGCAGGGGAUUGCAAGAAUUGUUCCUUGGUUCACAUCUUUGGCUACUUUGUCAAUAUGUACUGCAGCAUCCUUUUCCUGACGUGCAUCUGUGUUGACCGCUACCUGGCAAUAGUGCAGGUGGAAGCCUCACGUAAAUGGAGGAACCCCACCUGUGCCAAGGGGAUCUGCAUCUUCAUUUGGAUCUUUGCCACUGUGGUGACUUUCUCCAUCCUGACCAUGGCGUUAAGGUUUGCUGAGUGCUGCCUCUCCAAGAUCCUGGUCCUGAUGGUCUGCGAGUACUUCUUCCCCCUCAUCAUAAUCAUCUUCUUCACCACCAGGAUUAUGUGUGCCCUGUCCAAACCCAGCCUCAUGCACCAGAGUCGGGAGAGGAGAAUGAGGGCUGUGCAGCUCCUUAUCACCGUCCUCAUCAUCUUCAUGAUCUGCUUCACUCCUUUCCACGUGUUACAGGUCGCAAUCUCCAUCAACCCAGACAUGCCCCACAACAUCAGCCUCCUCGUCUACCACGUGACAGUGACUCUGAGUAGCCUCAAUAGUUGCAUGGACCCCAUUGUCUAUUGCUUUGUCACCAAUAACUUCCAGUCAACCAUGAAAAACAUCUUCAGGAAAACCGAGCCAGAGCAAACUAAUGCAGACAUCCUGGGUAUGAACAAGAACUCCAAGGGCUCCAACGCAAUCAUCGCCUUUUCAAACACAAUAGCAAGCCCUCUGAGCUUGCCAUCACCAAGCAGUGUCCAGAUAUAACCCACAUCUGAUGGGACACAUUGCAGUAAGCCAGUGAUGCUGGAAUAUUGAUAGGAUGCACAAUACUGUAGUUAUUGAACUCUUUGUGGUUUAGACUGAGGUUCAGACUGACAGUGGUGGAAUUUAUCCCUCAAGAACAUUGUGAUCUGUUUGGAGAUGGAACCUACAAUGCUGUUAGUACCAUACAAAAGAGAGUCUAUUAAUUACUGUUCCCAGCGGGGAAGUUUUCUUUGUAUUUUAAUACAGACAUUUUGCUAGCAACAAACUCUUUACUGUGGUUUUCUUUUCAUGUUUGUCAUCAUAAUGCAAUACUUCUAGAAUGACUUAGAAAGCAGGAUAGCUCUGGUUUGUACUGAAAGUUUUUUGUGCCUUGGGCAUAUGCUUAAGAAUAAAGGACAAGAAGGAUGUUUCCAGAGCUAUCCAUUACAAAGAUUUUACAUGCCGAUGGAAUGGGAAAGAAAGCAUUCUAACCCACAUGUCACUAGUGCCUACUUAUUUGUUCCUGAGAAAGUCUGAACCUUCUCAGGGAAGAGAUGAAGUCAAGCAGUGAAGUCUACUCUUGGCUGUAAGCAAAAAUACGUGUCAAUGUAUAUAUUUUCAUACACAUUGU